GGCUGCUGCUGGAAAGGACAGUCACUCCCUGGAAAAAGGGAGGAGGGUUUGGAACUGCUACACCCAGAACAAGGAGGGGAACCAGGAGUUGCAAGAAGCAGUCGAGGGAAGGAACAGUGAGGGUAGGGAGGGGAAAACCCGGAACUGCUGUUUGUAGGGUCCCUGAACUGGAACCCAGAGUAAAGAGUGGGCCCAGGUUUCCCUACCAACCACUGUGGACAAGGCAGAGGACAGCAGACUGCCUGGGAGUUCUGGAAAGACUGUUACAUCUACUCCAGAAGGGUGGAGCAAAUAUGGUGACCUGGCUGGAGGGCCAAAUCAUGAAGAGGAGGCUGCAAUUCCUGGAGUGAGAGGGGUCUACAGUGUGAGAGGAUGACAGGAGAGACACUGCUGGGGUGUGCGUGUGCAAUGCCUGGCCAGAGCUAAUCCCCAGGACAGCCAGCAGGAGGUGCCACUAGCAAUCAGCCCCUGCGACUCUUCCCACAUGAGCUACCAGAGGCAUGGAGCUACAGGGACAGCUCUCCAGCCGCUUGUUCUGUGCCAUACUCCUAGCAGUGAUUCCCUUUUCAGAGAGUUUUGAAGUCAUCUCAUCCCCAACUGUCACGGGGAUCGUGGGCCAAGAUGUGGUCUUACCCUGCCAGGUCUCCACUGGAAUGCAGCCAGCCAAGAUGGAAGUGCAGUGGAAGAAAAUCAUCCCGGCAGCUAGAGAGACUGUCCAUGAAUACAGAGCCCAGCCAGGCCAGGAUGUGCCAGGGCCGAACUACCAGGGACGGACCAUGCUGUUGAAGGAUGGAUUCACCUUGGGGAAUGUGUCUUUAAAGCUGAAGAACGUCCGACCAGCUGAUAGGGGAAUGUACAGCUGCAUUGUGAAGUCUAACGAGUGGAGCGCUGAUGCUGCAACCGAGCUUCAAAUUGCAGAAUUUAAAAAUGGUGAAACACUGAAAGAGAAAGAAAUAAAGAGAGAAAGGAGAAGAAUAAGUUUCCCCCCAGAAACCUCUGAGAAGAAGACUGAAACCUCUGAGGAAAAGACUGGAAACAGAAGGAGAGAUCCUGAAAAAGGGACACUCAUCAGUGCAGAACAAGGACACAGAGUUGGUUGGAGUCAGAAUCAGGAUGAACUCCAAGGAGAACUGAGAAGAAUCCAGGAAGAGAGAGAUGAACUCCAAGGAGAACUGAAUUGGAGAAGGACUUACAAGUAUGCAGAUGACAUCACUCUUGAUGCAGGCACAGCCCACCCCAACUUCUCCAUUGCUGGGGAUCAGAAGAGUUUGAAACAUGAAGCCCAACCAGAGAAAGUUCUACCAAAUCCAGAGAGGUUUGAUUCGACUGUCUGUGUGUUGGGCUCUGAAGGAUUCUCCUCUGGAAAGCACUACUGGGAGGUGGAUGUCAUGAGCAGCACUGACUGGGACCUGGGAGUGGCCAGAAAAUCCAUACAGAGAAAAGGAAAACUUUCCCUGUCCCCUAAAGAGGGAUUCUGGGCUCUGGGUCUGAGUGGGAGAGAUUAUUGGGCAAGAACAGAUCCAUGGACCCGGGUCAUGGUGCAGAAAAAGCCCAAGAAAAUUGGAGUUUACCUUAGUUACCAAGACAAGCAGGUGACCUUUUUCAGUGUAACUGACAGGUCUGUGUUGUUCACAUUUAACAAUUGUUCAUUCUCGGGUGCUGUUUAUCCAUUCUUGAAAAAUUCACACAAAGAAACAGCAAUGAGAAUUUGUUCUAUAAGAGAAGAUGAAUGAGCUUAAUGUGGCACUGUCACUCACUCAUCCCACUGUAUCUAUGAAAUCAAAUUUCCCAUCAAUGAAUUCAAAUUACACUUAGUCUCUAUUAUCCAUAAUGCCGUCUCUAAAACAGCACCAUUAUUCAAAUUAUGGCCAUUAACCUAUAACAUCAAAUUUUGCUCCAAUAAAAUUUGAACUGUAGUUUUUACUCUGUACUUUGUGAGCUGCCAUCUUAAUUACUCGCUUUCAACCACAAAUGAUCUCAUUUGUCACUUCUGAAAAAUAUUAUUAUUUGACUAGGCUGAUAAGAAAAAGAUAUUAAUGUUGCAGAUCUUCAAGAGAAAUCAGCACCAAAAUUAGGUUUUCAAGAUUUCAAUAUUUUCAAGAGCUCAGCUGCCCUUUAUCCAGCAUGAAGAGCUUCUUAGAAAACCUGACAAUAACUGUCACAGUGAGAGCAGCUGGGUGGAUAUUAAUGGAAAAAAACCAUCCUGUCUCACACAGUCAUCUUUAUCUCAGAGACAUACCAUCACCAAACUUAUAACAUAACAAAUUAAUGGCUUGUCACUGGCCUGUGUACCACACAGUGAGGUAAGGGAAUAUAAAAUAACUCCCAUCUCUCUACCCAGUCACACAAGAUUUACUGUCAUAGUUACAAGGCAGAUGAACCACUGACCCCUUUCUAGUCCCUCUGAGAGCACCCCACCCUGAGGUCUCUUGACCUUACCUAUCUCAGCGUGGAAUCUCAUGAGUCUUCAACUCUUACACGGGGGGUCUGACUAUAGUAACCUGGUCAUACCGGCUGCGUAUUAAUGCCUAGGCCGACAAGGCCCAGGGCGACAAAUUUGCAGGGGCAGCAAUUUUCUAAUGGCAGCCAAAGGCUGCUUCCCAUGGUGCCAGUUCACGCCCUCUGCCCCGGCCCCGCCCCAACUCCACCCUUUCCCCUCCUCCAUUCCCCGCCCCCUCCCUGCCCCUUUUGAUCCCCUUCCCGAAAUCCCCAUCCCAGCCUCCUCUCCUGAGCGUGCCGUGUUUCCCCCUCUUCCCCCCUCCUUUGCGAAGCCGUUUUGCAUACAAGCACUGGCAGGGAGCGGGGAGAAGCAGGACCCAGUGGCGCACUCAGGGGAGGAGGCGGAGCAGAGGUGAGCUGCGGUGGGGGCGGCAAUUAUUUCAAGGCCUAGGAACGGCAAAAUCUUUAAUCCGCCACUGGGUCAUACCAUCUACUUACCACCUGUCAGCCCCAUCUCAGAUUGACCAUCUGCUUGAUCCUUCUUUCAGGAAA